GGCCCGGCGCACAAAAUGUCCCCCCGCCGCAGGCCGGGCCGCGCGGCCUCAGUUUCCCCGCGGUGCCGGGCCGGGCCGGGCCGGGCGGGGGCGUGGCCGGCGGUUCGCGCGGGCGGCGGGCCGGGCGGGGCCGGUUACCUGUGGAAGGAGACGGCGCGCUUCUCCCCCUUGCCCUGCCGGUUUGAGCAGUUCGCAGCCGCGCAGCAGAUCACCAUCUCGGGCCUCGGGCCGCCGUGCCGCCGCCAGGCUCUGGCCGUCGCCUCGCCGCGCCGAGCCCCGAGCGGGACCGCCCCGAGGGGAGGGCGCGCGGCAACACGGCUGCGGGACGUGGGAGCCGGCCCCGCGGCCCCGCGGCCCCGCCGUACGGCAAGAUGGCGGCGCGCGCUCCACGCCCGGCUGGCCCCCAGUCCCUGGCCCCUGGCCCUCGGUGAUCCCGAGGUCCCCGGCACCCGGCGGGGCGCAGCCCGGUGCUCGCGGCGUCGCCGGUGGGAGGGGGCGCCCCGGGCGGGCGGCUCCGUGCGACGACAUGGCGUGCAGGGCCCGUCCGUACGGCAAGAUGGCCGCGCCGAGGGUCUGGGCGCACGGCGGGCUAAUGCGCCCGCCCCGGGGUCCCGCUGCCCGCCCGCGCCUGCUUCCGCUACCCCGAGGGUCGCUGCUGCGGUCCUCAGAGCGAGCGACUUCGGCCGCCCGAGAGCCGACCGCGCGAGUUCGGCCCUCCGCGCUGGGCCCCGCCGUACGCCAAGAUGGCGGCCGACGCACUUCCGCCGCGCACUUCGGGCCCCACCCGCGCCCGCUCGGCCCGGAUUGGCCCCGGCGGCGGCCCGUCGCGUCGCGUCGCGCUGCGGAAACGUCGGAGCGAAGCCGCGCUCAGUCGGCGGCCGGAGAGGGAAGAUGGACGCAGCUACUCUGACCUACGACACUCUCCGAUUUGCCGAGUUUGAAGAUUUCCCAGAGACCUCGGAGCCUGUUUGGAUACUGGGUAGAAAAUACAGCAUUUUCACAGAAAAGGACGAGAUCUUGUCCGAUGUGACGUCGAGACUUUGGUUUACAUACAGGAAAAACUUCCCAGCCAUUGGGGGAACCGGCCCCACCUCGGACACGGGCUGGGGCUGCAUGCUGCGCUGUGGACAGAUGAUCUUUGCCCAGGCCCUGGUGUGCCGGCACUUAGGCCGAGAUUGGAGGUGGACACAGCGGAAGAGGCAGCCGGACAGCUACUUCAGUGUCCUCAAUGCGUUCAUCGACAGAAAGGACAGUUACUACUCCAUUCACCAGAUAGCACAAAUGGGAGUUGGCGAGGGCAAGUCUAUCGGCCAGUGGUACGGGCCCAACACCGUCGCCCAGGUUCUCAAGAAGCUCGCUGUCUUCGACACGUGGAGCGCCUUGGCAGUCCACAUAGCGAUGGACAACACGGUGGUGAUGGAGGACAUCAGAAGGUUGUGCAGGAGCAGCCUUCCAUGUGUAGGGGCCGCUGCAUUUCCUGCAGAUUCCAGCCGGCACUGUAAUGGGUUCCCUGCUGGAGCUGAGGUCACCAACAGGCUGGCACCGUGGAGACCUCUGGUGCUUCUCAUCCCCUUGCGCCUGGGGCUCACGGACAUCAACGAGGCCUAUGUGGAGACACUGAAGCGCUGUUUCAUGAUGCCGCAGUCCCUGGGGGUCAUUGGAGGGAAGCCCAACAGUGCCCACUACUUCAUCGGCUACGUUGGUGAGGAGCUCAUCUACCUGGACCCCCACACGACGCAGCCGGCAGUGGAGUUUACCGACAGCUGCUUUAUCCCAGACGAGAGCUUCCACUGCCAGCACCCUCCCAGCAGGAUGAGCAUUGGGGAGCUCGACCCGUCCAUUGCCGUGGGGUUUUUCUGUAAGACUGAGGACGACUUUAAUGAUUGGUGCCAGCAAGUCAAAAAGCUGUCGCUGCUCGGAGGUGCCCUGCCCAUGUUUGAGCUGGUGGAGCAGCAACCUUCCCACCUGGCCUGCCCCGACGUCCUGAACCUGUCUUUAGAUUCUUCUGAUGUAGAGCGACUGGAAAGAUUCUUUGACUCAGAAGAUGAAGACUUUGAAAUCUUGUCCCUUUGAAAAUUUUGGAGUCAGGGGACAGUCUCCACUGGCCCUUGCUGGGGGUGCCUUCAAGAGCCCAGCCCUGCCUUGGGGUGCUCGGUGCCGCCGCAUUUCAUCCAUCCAGCCUGCUCACCUCCACCCUCGGACAGAGGACUGCGCUGUCCUGGAGGCCUUACUGCAAGGAGUGGAACUGCUUGGCCCAGAAGGCUCGGCUCGUCGGGGCUACAAGGUGUGAACGAGGAGCUGCCCGCAGGAAGCCCAGCACAGCCAGGUCAGGAGCUUCUGAGAGCAGAGCCUUCACCCUCCAAGAGCUCUUCCCGUGACACUGCCAGCCCCGCGUUAGUGCAUCGCCUCUGUCCUGCUUCCUCCUGGGCUCUCAGUUCUGGGUUUGAUUUGGAAUUAAAGUCCUGUUUGAAGUUACUCCACACAGACAUGAAUUUCUGUUGGGCGUGUCCCAAGUCAGUCUCAGAAGACCUGUGGCGGGCGUAUGAGGAGUGACGCCCGCGGACUGGGCUGCCUGCCCUCUGCCCGGUGUGGUUUAUCAAGGGCUACCUCAUUGGGAGAUCGGGUGGAAAGAAUUAGGGCAAGGUUUCUCCUUGCUUUGAGCAGAAAAAUAGCAAAGGGGUGGGAUGUGGUGGAAAUCCAAAGAUGCCAGUGUGUGACUCACAGGGACAGAGACACGCCCGCUCUCUGGAGCCCGAGCGGGUGCGCCCCUCUCAUGUCUCUCAUGUCUCCUUGUGGGCUCUGGCAUUGUGACAUACCUGCGUGCUGCUGCUUUCUCAACUCGCCAGCUUCCCCAGCGUGGGUGGUGGGUGGAGGCUGACAGGGAGCUGCCCUGGCCUGUGAGCUUCAGGCCUCUGGCAGGGCAUGCGGGGCACCGUGAGCUGGGCUCGUAGAGGCCAAGGGGUCCAGGGCAUGCCGCCACCAGGACUCUUUCUCCUUCCUCUUGUCCCUCUCAGAACCGCCCUCCCAGUCACUGAGGCUUUGGACAGGUUUGGGGCCGGAGGGUAAAACUCGCAGCUUUAUGGUGCGAGACAGGCGCCCCAUUGCUCGUGGCAUCAGCUUGAGAUGCGUCCAGACCUUUCUCAGCACCGACUGCUCUCAGCACCUGCACCUUUAACCCUGGGGUCCGGCUGGAGUUUACUGCUCCUGCGGGCUUGUGGCUGUCCUGGAAGAGCGGCUUUUGUGCCACCAUCAGUGUCAAUAACGGGGUGGGAGCUCAGGGAGGCCUUCCUCCCUGGGUAGCAGCACUUGUGCGCACGUCUGGGCUAUGCCUGUGCGUCCUGCUGGCCCACCGAGCUAGCAGAGGACACCCCCACCCCCCAAGCAUUGCUGAUAUAAGUUAUUUCCUUUUUUUCUCCUUUCUGUCGCUCCACCCCCCUCCCAUCCCCUAGGUAGCAUCAGGGUAGGGGAGGAGGGAAGGUUGGGACAGUUUCCAUUCCUUCCAUUCCUUCCGGGCUGCAUCUUUCUGAAAUGGCUGCCGCCGGCUGGGCGCCGGGGGUCGGGGGUCCUGUGCGGUUCCUGCUGUUGGUGGACGGCGAAAGUGGGAGAGAACUGGACCAAAGGGGAGCUUUGUCUUGUGUGUUUUGAGAAAAACUUACUGAAGAGAAUGUUCUUCAUUCUUAGUAGUAUAGUUUGCAAUUCUUAAUGGCAAAUAACAGUUUCAAUAGAAAACAAAGCUUGUUGUCUA